AAAAUUUUGUGAUAUUUUAGCAUUAAGUGAGGACCUUUGUGAGAGGAAAUAUGCCAUUUCGUGUUUCUGCUCAUUUGUUUCUCCGCUGCAACUCGAGAGAAAAAAAAAAUGGGAACCCGGCACCAGCCUUUGAGAAACCGGUAGAAAGCUUUAAAUUCCUCAUUCUUUCUUGUUCAAUCACAAGAUUUAGGAGCUUAGAAACCUUCUCCCGCUGCUGGAAUUUCCAGAUCUGCUCUGCUCCUCCUCUUCACCGCCGGCUGCUCCUGCUUUGUGGGGGGGCGAAUUGCUUUGAUUUUUAGAAUUUUCCUUCCUUGCCGCCGGCUCUUCCUCAAACUGCAACUCCGGUUUUUGCUGGAAAAUUCGGCGAAAUCGAGGAUGGGGAACCACUGAAAGUGACGAGUUAGAAGGCUAGCCAUUUCGAGAUUAAUAUAGAUUUUAGAAAUAAAUCAUGAUCUUGUAAACUAGAUUGUAUUAGGAGAUUUUAUGAUAUCAGAGUAGAUUUUAAGAUUUUAUCUUUAGAUUUUGUGGUAUCAAAUUGUGAUAUGAUAAGUUCCGAGCCUUGUGCAUUUGUGGGACCCUCUCACGAGUGCACGGCGUCUGUCGCGUCCCCGGAUUUGGGUCAUGGGGCGUGACAGUUAAUAUAAACAACCCUGCUUUAUAAGUUUUUUUUUUUUAUUUUUUUGGUAAAAACCCUGCUUUAUAAGUUUAAACCAUUAUGUAACCUCUCUUAGUGCAAUGUGAAAUGAAGCAA